CUCCCAUCUAUUUUCACAGCUGCAGGUGGCGUCUCAGAAAUGGCUGCUAUAGAGGAAAUCGGGGUUCUGAAGGGGGAUGAUAACAAUACUUCUAAACCAGCUGACGACAAAAUCAAAUUCAAAGACCCACUGUUGACGGGUCUUGACAGAGAGAGUGAUGAUGAUGGGAUGGAAAGCCUAGACCUAGAGGCAUCUGCAAAGUCAGAGGAAGGGUCUGUGUCUCGAAGCUCAAGCCUUAUUGCUAAUUUUAGAUUGGAUGAUGAUUAUGAUGGUGAGACAAGGGAUUUGUUUAUUGUUGUGGAUGAUCCAGAGAAGCACACCAGUACUCUAGAAGCUUACAUCACAUUCAGAGUCACAACCAAGACAUCCAGAACUGAGUUUGAGGGCACUGAGUUCAGUGUCCGCAGACGUUACAAUGACUUUCUUUGGAUCCGACAAAGAUUAGAGGAGAAACACCCUACUCAUCUUGUGCCUCCUCUUCCGGAAAAACACAGCUUAAAGCGUUUGGAUCGGUUCAGCACUGAGUUUCUCAAAGUUCGCCAGGCAGCACUACAAAAGUUUCUCACACGGGUGGCUGAUCAUCCUGUUCUAUCUUUUGACACGUGCUUCCAGAUUUUCCUGACAGCUAAAGCCUGGGAGUUCCAAGCUCACAAGAAACAGGGUUCUGGCUUUUUGACACGUGUGUCAGACUCUCUUCACAACAUGUCAGCAUCAUACAUGAUGAAGAAUCGACCUCCAGAAUUUGCUUCCAUGCAUGAUUACAUGACACUUCUUCAAGACAAGCUUGGAGUUAUGGAUCGCAUUGCUCAAAGAGUUGCCAAAGAGCAGAACGAUUACAUGGCAGAACUCUUGGAGUGGGGUCCUUGCUACACCCUUUGGGCAAAUUCAGAAGACCAUUUGACGGGUGCAUUGCUGACUAUGUCUAAAUCUGUGGAUGAGUGUCUCAAAUAUGUAAAGGAAUUGAUUGAUGACACAGACACGAGAUUUGCUCAGCCACUGAAAGAAUAUUUGUUGUACUCGGAGUGUAUUAAGACUGUUUUAAGAAGACGGGAUGCUAUCCAGAAUGAGUAUGACAUGGUUGUUGAUGAGCUGGCAAAGCGUAAGGAUGACAAGGACAAUAUCAAGACUUCGGAUCAGACCUACUCGAUAGGGGCCUUACUUGGCAAGGAUCCUGAGGAUGUUAAACAGCAGAAACAUGAUAAACUGGAGGUGCAAAUUGCAGAUUUGGUGCAUCAGAUGGAGAGCCUGAACGACAGGACAGUUGUGGCCAAUGCUGACUUGAAGGCGGACAUGGAGCGCUGGCACAAACACAAGCAGAGAGACAUGAGGGAAACCUUCAUGUGCCUGGCGGACAUGCAGAUUUCCUACUAUGAAAAGUGUCUUGCUGUGUGGGAAAACACCAUCCGAGCCAUCCAGAACAAUGACCAUAUCCAGCUCCCGUCAACCGCGGCCAUAACAGAGAACCAUGAGGAUGCUGUUCUUUAGGCUCUGGAAAAACGGUCUUCUCUUGAAUAAAGGAAGCCACUAUGACAACACUUUGAAAGAGGAGAUUUUGUCCCCUCUACGCAGUCUUAUGAUUAUGACUCCAGGGUAAAAGCUUUGCUUGUGCUCAUGCCUGCUGAUAUGAUGUCACUCCUAUGAAUGGCUCAGCUGUGGCGAUGUGAAAUGCAAUCACUGUAGAUCUCUACACAUGAAGAGCUGAAAGAUUUUUAUGGAAAAGAGAGGGUUGUUUUUCCAUGAUGCAUAGCUUGGGUUAUUAGAAAAUGUGUUCAAGCUAAUUCAUAACAGAUUUUUCUGUAAAUAUAUGAAGAUUAAAUUGAUUACUGCAUAUACUUGAAAGGUUGCUGGAUUUUUUUGGAUUAAAGUCAGAGUUUUUCAGUGACAUGUGUGAUGUGCACCUUGGCUCAGCUUCAAAUUCUUGGGUUUAUCUCAUCCCAGUGUUUGCUCACUUCAGCUUUUACAAGAGAUCCCCUUGAAAUUAGAUAUUUACUAACUUGUAGACUUAACAAAUUAUUCCAAGUGUGGUUUUUUUUGUUGGAAAAAUGUACUCUUAAAAACUACUGUUCUAUAUAAGUGAAAACCGAACCGUUUUUUCACUUUUGAAAAAAUCACCCAUCAAAGUAUGAAAAUAUAUGCAAACUACAAAAUUAAAAGCUUUUACAUUGGUACUUUAUUUUCACAUAUUUUGGCCAUAUGAAAUGUUUGCCAGAACUGUUAUGAACCAAUUCUUAAUUUUUUUUGCAAGCAUAUAUCAGAAUGGCUCACUUGCAUGCAAGAGUUUAUGUCUUAUUUCAACAUUCUUACAUCACUCACCUUAAUUCCAUAUCCCAUAUAGGGCCUACAGGAUGAGUUAAACUUCUGUGCAACACAAUGCUUAAAUUAUUGAGGUGUACCAAAGGCAGUUACAUUCUUAUGUCGUUUGUAAGCACAGCUUUAGAGGGAAUUACAUUCACUGGUAAAUGUUAGUACCUGACUAGUACCUAACGCAUGCACCAAGUCGACCACUACACUCAAAAUUGAUGUCAUAGUCUGCAUUUGUUUUUUGUUUUGUUCCUUCAUAUCACAGCUCUCAUAGCUGCCAAUUAGGGGUGCAGAUUUGAUGUUAACCAUGUAUGAGGGACAACCUGUGAGUGAUCCCAGUAGUGUUCGUAAGCUUUGUUCACCCAUGUCUUCACUGUUUCAUCACAGCCAUUCCUUUCAUAGGGACCAAGGGGCUUGUGCAAUGUUCUUUGUUUUGUGAUCGCAUAUCUUUAUGUCAUUUUGGGAGCGUUUAGAUGCAUGGAUAUGUCUAAUGUACUUUUGUAUAUAUUUAUUAUGUAUAGCUUGUUUUAGACUCUAGAUAGUCACCUGUACAAUAGCUGCUCGGAGGAGUGGUCCAGUACUGAGGCAUGAACAUGAGUCUGGGAAAUUGUCAGUAGUCAGCUAUGGUGAACUGAAAGUAGAAAGUGUUUUGCUUCUAAACUGGGGAGUGAAAGAAAAGAAUGAAUUUGUACUCUGGUGUAUAACUGUUAAAAUGACAGAAGAACUGCUGUGAUUUUGGCUAUUUAGCCAAGCAUUUUGAUUUGUAUUUUUCACAUUGUAUAUCUGUGGUGAGAUGAAAACGAGGGGAUUUUUUUUUCUGUUGUAUGUUGUUUAAUAGAUGAAAACACCAUCCCACCUUUCACUUGACUCUUUGGUUUCUGUAUUUAUUUUGCACUGUCCUUAAUUUAUUUUUUGGAUUCAUUGAUCAAGAGUUGAUGCAAGUAGAUCAGUGUGAAUGUACAUUGUGUCUGUUGUGUUCCCUGGUAGGCUAUUUAUCUAAUGUGACAACAAAAUGGUGUGUAUCAAUUGAAUGUACUGCGUAAGCUAGAAAAUUAGCUUUUGUUUUCUGCCAGGCUCAAGCAGCUUAAUGCAACAUUUUCUUAUUAGUUCCUUUCUCCCCCCGGAAACAAAUGCAUCAUCAGUCGUUAUUUGAGGUAUUGGCGUGUGUCCAUAGGGCAUGGAUGUGGAGAAAUUAUUUUUCUAUAUGAUAAAAAAUGACAAGAGGGUAAAAAAAGGAGUAGGGAGAAAGGCUGAUUGGUACUAACAGAAAAGGCUAGUUCCUAAAAAGGUCUGACGACAGGGUGCAGGAAUUUGAGAUGGAGCAUAAGAUCUCAUUAUGGUGAAAGAAUGCAGCAGAUUCCUCUUUCCUUUGUUUGUACCGAAUUGAGAUAUUGCUGGGAAUAGAGUAGAUCAUUCCAGGUUGUGGUUUACUUGUUUCUGUACUCCAGAAAAUCUUCAGAAAGGGUAAAAAGCUUCUGCUUAGAGAAAAAUGCAUUCGCUCUCCAUGAGGCCUGAGAAAGAGAAGAAAACCUACACAUGGGUAAGACAAUUUGUUUUUUGCUGUGCUUACAAGUUGGGAAUGUAUGUGGACAGCAAGGCGGGAUGUCUCUUUAUUGGUUAGUCUGUCAGUAUUAAUCAUUGCUUUGAUUUUUCCUUAAAAGGUUGUGUAUUAUGUUUAGGAGACGAAAAGUAUUGUAUGAUGAGUAUUUUUGGUCCACACACAUGUUUUUUUAUCUGCUUGUAUAGUGUGUAUAAAUUAUUUGAAGUUUUAAGUUAAUCUGUUUGUUGUUGAUGCCAGAAGCCAAUAAGGUGUGCUUUAAAAAAAAAUUAUUUCUUCCCAAAUGGACUCUACUUUAGGAUUUUUUUUUACAUUUAGGGCUCUUAUUGUUUUGACAAAUGAUUGAAACAGUAUCAGCUGCCAGUAGUUUCCCUUCUCGUCAGAGGUAAGGGGCACUGAGUUUAGACAAGGUGGUAUAUAUUUAAGUGACCAGACAGUUUGGGUCGUAUUUAUGCUGUAGAUGAUAGUAAAACACAGGAUGUGCCAAGCACCAGCAUUGUAAUUGUCUGUGAAAGGUACUCUCUUUCAGUCUUCUCUCUGUAACCCUGUUGUUGGUGUCAAAAGAUUAUGGACUUCUGUGCAUGCAGUAGCACUAUUUUUACAGUUGUUUCCAAAGAGUUCUGAGUAGUUUAUGUUGCCGAUCUCCUUCAAUUACUCAUCAACUUCAGCGGGGAAAAAAGGUAAUGUGUUACCUAUGAGUGAGACUGAUGCGCUAAACAAACUCAUGGCAAACAUUGUGUAAGGGUUGUUAGAACAAUCUUGCUAGUGUAUGUUUGUUAGCAGUCAUUAUUCUAAUAAUUUUUAAGGGAAACACUUCAAGUGUUUGUUUUCUUCUAAAAGGAACUCUGCUUAUUUCAAACACAUGGCAAACAUUGUGUAAGGGUUGUUAGAACAAUCUUGCUAGUGUAUGUUUGUUAAUGUUAGCAGUCAGUUAAUUUAAAUGGGUUUACAUUUCUCUGUCAAAACCAUGUUUCUCAAUCUCAUCUAAUGAAGGUUUAUGAAUAUGUCUGAGUUGUCUUUAUUUUUUAUGGUGUUGGUUUCUAUGUCUUAGUCCUUUUUUUCCCCAGAUAUUUUCAGUGAUUUCCAGCAUCUUUGUACAUCUUAGUGUUUACAGUUGUGUCUGCCACUGAAGGGGGCGAAUAGUUAACAAAAAUGAAGGUUUGAAUAGAAAAGUUGUAAUUUUUGUCAUGAACAUGUCUUUGGCAGAUGCCCUGGUGUUUCUGUUUUCCUAACCCAAAUCUGGUUUGGAUGUGGCUGCUAUCAUGCUGACUCACCGAUGGCAAGCACUCUAUUGCAAUGUCAUUUUUUGUCUUUGUUUCCCCUGACAGUACGUCAUUUUAACUUAUGAGAGAGAAGUUUGGCUAACUGUGUGCACUUUUGUUGAAUCAAUCAUGUUUUUCCCUGAACUCUUGCAUUAUGAUCUUUAUCAACAUCAAUAUAAUUCAUAUUCUUGAAUAAGUGUUUCAAACAUUGGAAAGUUUAAGAAUUUUUCAAUAUUGUAUGAUUUCUCCACACUGUUUGAUUUUGAGAAUCAGGAUGUCUUUUCCAUUGCAUGAGGCUAGUCAUUAUUCUAAUAAUUUUUAAGGGAAACACUUCAAGUGUUUGUUUUUUUUCUAAAAAGAACUUCUGCUUAUUUCAUAAAUUAGUCUUUGUGAAACUUAAACAAGGCUGCAUGCAUGCUUUUUACGUUAUAACCCAGUAGAAGGAAGCAGUAUAACUUUACCGAUUCAGUGCUGUAUUGUAAUAAUAGUUUGUGGUUAGCUUCAAGGCCAGUGUUUCUGAAAAAUUCUGCCUAUACCUAGUUUUCAUGUUGAAUUGAGAUCAGUUGAAAGAAAGUCAGCUCUUAUUGUCUCUGAUUGAGUUUGGCUUAAUAUUACACAUUGUCAGACUUCGCCUCAAGUGUUUUUAAAGCCUGUUCUGAAUGUCUGGUUACCUAGAUAUUUGUUAUUUUGUAGUUUUAUGCUAUAGCAUCGCUGUGUUUGAAAGUUGUUCUUUCUUUCUGUUCCAGUUUGAUAAAUGUGCUCGACUAAUGAACAAAUUCCACAAAACAAAAUUGUUGUUUGAUACUCGCUGGCCAUUUAUUUGUAUUCUUUAUUCUUCUAUUGAGGCGAUGUCCUUUGUGGUUUAUGCGUGUGAAAUGCUGCACUAUACAAAAAAACCAGCAACACCCACACGCAUGUGAAUUGACCAUGUUACUUAAAGGGAGAGAGCUUGGGAAGUUGUCCCUAACUGCUCCUUUGUUCAAGAUACAAGCAAAAGCUCCUUUUUCAUCAUGUGCUGAUUCAGCUUUCUGGAAGACUUAGUUGAUGGUGGACAAACGUUCAUGAUGUAAUUUCCAUUUUUUCUUUGUCAAUCCAACAUUCAAUUCGCCGGACCCACCAUGUUGUCCAUUUCGUGUAUUAUAUAAUCACAUCCUACUUACCAUACGCGUGAUCUAUGGAUAUCUGUCUAUCUGUGUGUACCUGUAGUUUAUACAUCAAUGUGAUUUUUUUCUACAGGAAUAAAAUACCAAUGGGGAGAUCGCA